CAGGGUCGGGUGGAUGCUUGGUAACCUGUAAAAUACAGGUUGGCUGUUAAGUUUCUUGAACUUUGCAUUUUGAGUUGGUGAAAAUGAGUGUGGUGGGAUUUGAUUUUGGAAAUGAGAACUGUGUUAUUGCUGUUGCAAAGCAACGUGGCAUUGAUGUGUUGUUGAACGAUGAAUCCAACCGAGAAACGCCGGCUGUAGUCUCAUUUGGCGAGAAGCAAAGAUUCAUGGGUGCUGCUGGAGCUGCUUCUGCCACUAUGCAUACAAAGUCCACAAUUUCACAGGUCAAAAGGUUGAUUGGUUGGAAGUUUAAGGAGCCAGAUGUUCAGCAUGAGCUAAAAUUGUUUCCAUUUGAAACUUGUGAAGGUCCUGAUGGUGGAAUCCAAAUUCAUUUUCAGUACAUGGGGGAAACACAUAGAUUCAGUUCGGUGCAGAUUUUGGCGAUGUUGUUUUCACAUUUGAAGCAGAUAACCGAGAAAAAUCUCAAAACCUCUGUCUCAGAUUGUGUGAUCGGGAUUCCAUCUUACUUUACAGAUUUGCAGAGACGUGCAUACUUGAAUGCAGCAGCAAUUGCAGGGCUCAGGCCAUUGAGACUGAUGCAUGACUGUACUGCAACAGCACUCGGAUAUGGUAUUUAUAAGACUGAUUUUCCCAAUGUAGGUCCCACUUAUGUUUUGUUUGUGGAUAUUGGGCAUUGCGACACACAAGUCUGCAUUGCAUCAUUUGAAAGUGGAACGAUGAAGAUAGUUUCUCAUGCUUCUGAUAGGAGCUUGGGUGGGAGAGAUUUCGAUGAGGUUUUAUUUAACUAUUUUGCAACUCAGUUUAAGGAGCACUACAAUAUUGAUGUCUAUACAAAUACAAAAGCCUCUAUCAGGUUGAGGGCAUCAUGUGAGAAACUGAAGAAGGUUCUCAGUGCAAAUGCAGAAGCACCACUCAAUAUAGAAUGCUUGAUGGAUGAGAAGGAUGUUAAGAGUUUUAUCAAGAGGGAGGAGUUUGAGAGACUGUCAUCAACUCUAUUGGAGAGGAUUAGUGUUCCUUGUCAGAAGGCUCUGGUUAAUUCUGGUCUGACUGUGGAGAAGAUCCACUCUGUUGAGCUUGUUGGCUCAGGGUCACGAGUACCAGCUAUCACUAGAAUGUUAACUUCUAUUUUCAAAAAAGAACCAAGCCGGACAAUAAAUGCAAGUGAGUGUGUGGCACGUGGUUGUGCUCUCCAGUGCGCAAUGCUCAGUCCAGUAUUCCGUGUCAGAGAUUAUGAGGUUCAAGAUACGUUUCCUUUCUCUAUUGGAUUCUCAUUGGAUAAAGGCCCAGUUUGCACAUCCUCAAGUAGAAUGAUUUUCCAGAAGGGUCAAGUAUUUCCCAGUGUUAAGAUCAUUACUUUGCAUAGGGAUAGUACCAUCUAUUUGGAAGCGUUCUAUACCAAUAAUAAUGAAUUGCCAUCUGGUGUAUCACCUCAAAUUAGCAGUUUUAUGAUUGGGCCUUUCCAAACUUCCCAUAGAGAAACAGCAAGAGUGAAGGUCAGAGUUCAGCUAAAUAUUCAUGGGAUUGUUACCAUUGAUGCAGCUUAUUUAAUUGAGGAUCACAUGGAUAACUCGACUUCAAAGGAGGUGGAGGUUAGUUCUCAACAUAUGCCAUCUGUCAUAGUGAAUGAUGCUGAAGUUAGCAAUCCUACGCAGGCUGAUGAAGUGAGAUUGGGAAAUGCCACCAAAAGGCUGGAGAUUCCAGUUAGUGAGAAUGUCUAUGGUGGAAUGACGAAGGCUGAGUAUGCAGACGCUGUAGAGAAAGAAAGUUUUUUGGUGCAACAGGACUUGAAGAUGGAGCAAACCAAAGAUAAGAAAAAUGCUCUGGAGUCUUACGUUUAUGAGAUACGUGAUAAGAUUCUAAAUAUGUACUUGAACGUUGCCACUGAGUCAGAGAGGGAAGGGAUUACUAGAAAUCUUCAGCAGACAGAAGAGUGGCUUUAUGAGGAUGGUGAUGAUGAAUCUGAACAUGUUUAUUCUCAGAAGCUCAAGGAUCUUCAAAAGCUUGUUGAUCCAAUUGAAACUCGAUAUAAAGAGGGAGAGGCUCGAGCACAAGCGACUAGGGAUCUGCUGAAUCAUAUAGUGGAUUACCGGAUGGCCGCAGGAUCACUUCCACCUGUUAAAAAGGAUGCGGUCAUUGAUGAAUGCAAUAAAUCAGAGAGGUGGCUGCAAGAGAAAACCAGGCAGCAGGAUGCUUUAUCCAAAGAUGCAGAUCCAGUACUGCGUGCUAGUGAAAUCAAGAGAAAAGCAGAGGCUCUUAAUGCGACAUGCAAAUAUAUAAUGAGAUCCCGUACUGCUCACCCUACUUCGGCUGACGUAAAUCAGUCGCAUCAAAGAAAAAAAUCAGAUGAUAUCAUGUUGGAUUGACACGGGCGUACAUGGAUUUGUGAUGUCACAGGAAACAGCAAUAAUGAGACAGCAUGCCAGUUCAAGUGAUAUAGAUGUACAUUAUCCAACUCAAGAGGUUGUGUUGUUUGUCAACUAGUACUAUAUAUCUAACAUAGAUGGAGCAUGGUGAGCACCUAUUUUUGUUUACUUUUUGUUCGAAAUUAUGCCAUCAUAUAGGUCAUUCUUUUAUACAGUGACUUCUUCUUCUUCUCAAAUUGGAUCAAUGGCUUUGGCAUAUUGCUGGAAA